AUGUUCUCAAAAGACCGAAACAGCAUCCCAGCGGCCUUCAUGGCUGCCGAUCGUGGCGAUAGUGCAGAACAUCAUCCCGGUCCGGCGGACGAGCUCACGCAGGAUUUCAAACUCGUCAGCAAGAUCCCUAGGAUUCUACCUCAUGAACGUGUCUUCCCUAUCCAGAUCGGCUCUAAACUGUUCAAGCUCUCUGGAGCAUCGCUAUCAUCAGACGCUCCAUCAUAUUUCUCUCAAUAUUUUCAAUGCCAAAUAAAGACGGCAGAAGAAAAUGGAGACGACACCUGCUCGUCUAUCCGUACUCUGUACAUUGAUCGGGAUCCUAUGACUUUUCAGGACAUUGCUCUGCAUCUACAAGGCUAUCACGUCCAUCCUCGGGAUGGUACACACUUUGUACGGCUAUUUGCUGAUGCCCAGUUCUACUCUCUCCCCAAGUUGAUAUCACAACUUUACGAAGAGUCUAUCUUUAUGUCCAUCGGCCACAGAGAGUUCCAAAUCCCACGCGAUCUCUUCAAGGAUCCAGGGAACUCUCCCAACUUCUUCACUCUAGGCUUUGCCAUCUUCUUCUCCUCCCCGGACGACCUUUUCCCAGGCCUGGACCGCAGAGACCUAAUCCGCCCGCCCUCAAUCAUGCCCCCCUCGGUCCCCCACCGCUCUGCGGAUACCUUUGAAGAGAUCCUCCACCUGCUACGUGGCAACCCCGUCAACGUCCGCGACGAGACGCACCGGCAGACCCUCCUCCGUGAUGUGAGGUACUUCAACUUUAAGGGACUCGAGCAGCGUCUUAUAUCCCACUGCACAUCGUACAAUCAGCUCCGAGCCCGCCACCAAAUCCUACUUCGAGUCGAGGACAUCUACAAAUCCGGCAUCAGCGUGUACCCCGAACCGCCGUCUGCCGUGGAUGCUGCUCCGUCUCACGGGUGGGUGAAUUAUGCGCGUCCGUACCUGGGCGAUAAGCCCGCCGAGCUGGUUCUGCAGAUCGGGGGUAACACCUCGCGGGUGGGACCACUGGAACUCAUCUUGCGGGAUGACUUUGGCCCCCUGUCCGGCUCCAUGGUCUACACGACGCAGCUGGAGUUCUUUCUCGACGCCAAAAAACGAGUCGCUCGCCUCUUGGAUGUUGUAGGCUCGCUUCUCAAGGUCUCGGUGGUACCGGCGGAUCAGCUAAUCGCCAUCAUCGACAAGAACACGGCGAUAACAUUAGACGGAAAGCCUUUUACAGCCCACUUGGACGGCGAUGGCCUGGCUGGCGAUGACGUCGACGUCGACGCACUGGCAGCGGGCACCGAUGAGCCAUCACGGAAGAGGAGAAGGACGGUCGAUUCUAGGCAGCGUCCGGGGAUCGAGACGGCUGGCUGGGUGAUCCGAACCGGGCAGUGGCGGUUGCGGACGCGCUGUUUGCACGGCACCCUCGAGUGUCUGUUCUUCGCGGUCAAGUUGGAUGCAUUUACAUCGGAGCACUCGAGUAAUGCCAUGGCAGAAUUUCUUUGA